AGAGUGGUGAGGCGGCUGUGUGCGGGGAGCUGGCUUUCUGCAGUAAUGUUAGACCCGUUCAGGGGUUUGCUGUAACCCGAGCUAGCGUUGCUGGAGCUGUGUCGGUGUGUUUUACUAAUCCUUAUGAAAGCCCGUGAGAGCAGCGCUGAGCGCUCCGUGCUCCAUCUCCCCCUUUCGUGUUGGCGGACAUGAGAUGCCGCCAGAUGCAUUUAUUUACUUACUCGGAUCUCACAGGCAUGGAAACUGGCGAGAACAUUGAAGAGCAUUUGAAAGUCCACAAAGUGAAGAAGAAGAUACUGAGGAAGCAGGUCAGAGCCCAGCAUACGCUGAUGAGACACGAGGGCAUUGAGUGCAUCUCCCAUGCUACACAGAGCCUGGUUAUUGCCAAUGCUGGCCUGGGUAAUGGGAUGAGUAGACAUCAACUGCACAGGAUAGUAGAAAACUAUGGAAUAGUGGAAGCACUUCUAAUGCCACCGAAUAAACCAUAUUCAUUUGUGAAAUAUGAGUCAACAGAAGAUGCCAAGAAAGCCUUUGAUGCCCUGAAUGGAAAAGAAGUAACACUGGAAGACUCUGACCAAAACAUUGUUUUGUAUUGUAAUUUUGUGGAAAAAGUUUGCUGGGAGAAUUCUGUUCCUACAAGCUUGCCUCCAGACCUCAAAGUCAUUGAAAAUAUUAUUUCUCCAGAGGAAGAAAGGAAGAUGCUGGAAAGUAUUGACUGGAGAGGAGAUGAAAAUACUCAAAAUGCCCAGAAGACUUUAAAGCACAGAAGAGUAAAACACUUUGGAUAUGAGUUUUGUUAUGAUAACAACGGUGUUGAUAAAGAGAAGCCUUUACCUGGAGGUCUUCCUGAAAUUUGUAUCCCGUUCUUAGAGAAAUGCUUGAAGCAAGGAUAUAUCAAACAUAAGCCUGAUCAGCUGACUGUAAAUCAGUAUGAACCUGGACAAGGAAUUCCUCCUCAUAUUGAUACACAUUCUGCGUUUGAGGAUGAAAUAAUCUCUCUCAGUUUAGGAUCUGAGAUUGUGAUGGAUUUCAAACACCCUGAUGGCCGCACAGUGGCAGUUAUGCUGCCUCGACGCAGCUUGUUGGUGAUGACUGGUGAAUCCAGAUACUUGUGGACACAUGGGAUUACUCCCAGAAAAUAUGAUGUCAUUCAAGCAUCUGAACUUGGACAGAAAGUUGGAACAAUCACUGCUGAUGUUAGAGAUUUAACACUGAAACGAAGGGAAACAAGGACUUCGUUUACAUUUAGGAAAGUGAGGAGAAGCUCUUGCAAUUGCAUUUACCCAUCUGUCUGUGACAGCCAGAAAGGACAGCAAAGACAAGCAGAACCAUCAUUUCCACACAGUGAGAUGGAGGCCUCAGAGCUGGAGCAGGAAUAUGUACACAAGGUGUAUGAAGAGAUUGCCACACACUUCAGUAGUACCAGGCACAGCCCGUGGCCCCGGGUUGUUGAGUUUCUCAGGUCGCUGCCAGAAGGGUCAAUAGUUGCUGAUGUUGGCUGUGGUAAUGGGAAAUAUCUAGGCAUCAACAGGGAUUUGUACAUGAUCGGCUGUGAUCGCAGCAAAAACCUUGUGGAUAUUUGUGGAGAAAAAGGUUCCCAGGCUUUUGUCUGUGAUGCCCUAUCAGUGCCAAUCCGGAGUGGUUCUUGUGAUGCCUGCAUCUCUAUUGCUGUCAUCCACCAUUUCUCAACAGCAGAAAGAAGGCUGGCAGCUAUCCGUGAACUAGCCCGGCUUCUAAAGCCUGGUGGAAUGGCACUCAUUUAUGUGUGGGCAAUGGAGCAAGAAUACAAAAACCAGAAGUCUAAAUAUCUUAAGGAAAAGCAUGGCAGCAAAAACAAGGAGGAGGCAAGCAAUACUGGCAUGUCCCAGAGACUGCCUGAUGAUCAAAAGCCUGAUAGCAGCAGCCAAGGCUCAGCAUGUUCUGCCCGACUCCUUGAUGACUCAGAGGACAAAGGCUGUGCUGCAAAGCAAGCAGUGGACUCCAGGCUGCCUGUCCACACCAACCGGACCUCCUUUCACUCUCAGGAUAUGCUGGUUCCCUGGCAUUUGAAAGGUGGCAUCAAAAAGAAAGGGGCAAGUGUUGAUGAAGUAUCAUUUCCAGCUGGCUGUAAGGAGUCGCAAGAACUCAGUCCUGUUUUCCACCGCUAUUACCACGUGUUCCGUGAAGGGGAACUGGAAGCAGCAUGCAGAUCCUUGGACUGUGUGAGGAUUCUGAAGAAUUACUAUGAUCAGGGAAAUUGGUGUGUGGUUCUAGAAAAGCUGUAGACCACAGUACUUCCUUGAUUGCCUUUCUAUUUUGUGGAAGUAUUUUUGAUGCAGACUAUUAGCUCUUCUAAAAUG